CCUCCAGCCGGUCCUCCGUGUCUUCCGCCUAGGCUGGCUUCGCCUCAGCCUACGCUGCGCCUUCCCGGCCUGCGGCGUCGCGGUACCGGCCUCCGCGCUCCACCCAGACGCCCUCCGGCGCUCGGGAGAGGGCGGGAGGCGGAGCAGAGGGUAGGGGGUGGUGCCGCCGCGGUCUAGGCGCGGCAGGCGGUGGCGGCGGCGUCGGAGGUCCCUGAGAUAUGGCCGCCUCGGUGUUCUGCUGCCUGCGGUGCUGCAGAGAUGGCGGGACGGGCCACAUCCCUCUGAAGGAGAUGCCGGCCGUGCAGCUGGACACGCAGCACAUGGGAACGGAUGUUGUCAUUGUAAAAAAUGGAAGAAGAAUAUGUGGAACAGGAGGUUGUUUAGCCAGUGCACCUUUACAUCAAAACAAAAGCUACUUUGAAUUCAAAAUCCAGUCCACAGGAAUCUGGGGUAUUGGCGUUGCAACUCAGAAAGUUAACUUGAAUCAGAUCCCUCUUGGCCGAGAUGUGCACAGUCUGGUGAUGAGAAAUGAUGGUGCCCUAUAUCACAACAACGAGGAGAAAAAUAGGCUGCCAGCAAACAACCUUCCACAGGAGGGAGACGUGGUGGGUAUUACAUAUGACCAUGUAGAAUUAAAUGUAUAUUUGAAUGGGAAAAACAUGCAUUGUCCAGCAUCAGGUAUACGAGGGACAGUGUAUCCAGUUGUUUAUGUUGAUGACAGUGCAAUUUUGGAUUGCCAGUUCAGUGAAUUUUAUCAUACUCCUCCACCUGGUUUUGAAAAGAUAUUAUUUGAACAGCAGAUCUUCUGAAUGUAUUUGUUUUUGAAACUUGUAUUUCUGCACUGUUAAAAGUGUUUACCAUUUAAUAAAGCUUUACCUGACCUACAGAUGACAAUAUAUCCUUAAAAAUAUGCUCGUUAAUGUUGUCUAAGGAACCAAUGUAUACAAUAUACCAUCCUGAAGUUGUGAUUUAAAAUACUUAGGUUUUGUGAUAAUGAAAUCAGCAUUUGGGGCAGUUUAUUUAAUUCUUAUUUAAAUAUAACUGUGGGUUUGAUUAACAGUAUUAAAUGGAAAUACGUAUAUAGAUAUUUAAAAGGGAAUCUUUCUUAAGAUAAAAUAUUUGUUUUGAUAGAGAUACAGAGUUGGGUGGGGGUUUUUGUCAUGCUGAAGUGUAGACUUCAUUAACUAUUUUAAGUCUGCAGUCCAAUAAUUUUGUGUCUCAGUGUCUUUUUUAUAUAGAGUGUAACAAGGUGACAAAUUUAUGUUAUUGGCAACUUCAUUUCUGGCGAUUUAUUUACUAUAAAAUGUACCACUUUUCUUAAAAUUUAAAUUGCUUAUUUUGUUUGUAUGUCAUUGCUUUUGAUUUUCUUUGUGAAAGGAGAUAAGUGUCGUAGUAGCUGUCAGAGUAUUUUGUUGAAGACCAUCAUGCUGUGUUACUUCAAUACCUGAGUAAGUAGUGGUUGAUUGGUGAUGUAGUGUACACAGCAGACAUUUAGAAUAGUAUCAUGCUUUCAACUUAAGUGGAAAUGAGAUUAUUCUUUUAAGGACUUUUAUUUAAAUGUGCAUUUUUCUGUAAGGAAUAAUAAAAUAUUAGUAAUUAAGGACUAUUCAGUACUAUAUUAAAUACAUGUUCUUCCUGUUAAUUAUACAGUAAUUCACUUCACCCUUGAUUAUUUCAGAAGUUCGGAGAUAAGUGAAUUCUCUCCACAACCCUGAGCCUUUGCCUAGUUUUCAGGAAGAAUCCCUGACCUUUAGAUAACACCCUACUAAGCUGAACAAAUCACUUUCUAUAUCUGGUACCGUCUCCUUUCCAGAUGGGCAUGCAAAGGAUGCGUGCGUUUCACUCCUUUACCAACGCAGAGCAGUAUGUUGUACUAGCAAAACAGGGCUUUAGAACUGAAGGAGAUCUGAAUUGUGGUUUUGCCACCUGAUCCCAUUAUCUCUUCAGGCAAGUUCCUCAGUCUUUCUGAGCGCAGGUUCCCCAUUUAUAAAAGGGAUAAUCAUACCCUUGAUAAGAUUCUGUAACUCGUUAAAUAAUAUUACAUACAUAAAACACCUUCGUCAUCGUAGGCAAUUAAUGAACGUAGCUUCUUUGUUGACUGCUCAGUGGUUUUCAUAGUGUGGCCUUCAAACCGUCAGCCUCGGCCUCACUUGAGAACUUGUUAGAAAUGGACACUCAGGCCCCACCCCCGACCCACUGAAUCAGAAACUGCUGGGGAUAGCACCCAGGAAUCUGUGUUUGAACAAGCCCUUCGGGUGAUUCUGAUCCACGCGAAAGAUUGAGAACCACUGCUCAGGAGAGAAUCCUUUGAGAAUGAUUGCCUACUCUAAAUUUUCUAAGGAUUUAAGACUAUUUUUGACCCAUAGACAAAAGAAUCCUGCACAAUAUUUAUUUAUUGUUCAUUUGAUAGACACAAACGUGACAAUGUGUUUUGAAAUCAUAGAUAUACCUGAGUAACAUCUAUUUACAUAAAUCCCAAAUUUACCUCUGUAGAUACAUAGAAUUGAACUAACUUUAUAUUGUUUAUGCAUUUUUAUCUGACUUUCUGGCCUAGUAGUUUUAAUUCAUAAAGAAUAUGCUUACUUCGGAAAGAGAAUUAAUAUAACUACUGUUUGCUCUCUUUAUAAUGUUACCUACCUCUUAUUUAUUUUUUUAAAAGCCAAACUUUUUUUUUUAAUCAUCAUAUUCUUUUCUCAAGACUAUCUUUGCUACCUCUAAUCAUACAGAAUAGGUACAAUACUAAAAAUGGUACAUGAGUUAUGUCCAUGGCAACAGUUUGAUGAAGUCUAGAUGUGUUUUUAAUUUCUAGGUAUCUAAUUUCUCUUAGGAAAAUUACCUAUAACCUCAGUCUAAUCUUGAGAAAAAUCAUCAGACAAAUUCCAGUAGGGGCACGUCCUACAAAAUACUUGAGCAGUACUCCGAACUGUCAAGGUCAUCAAAAACAAGGAAAGUCAGAGACACUGUCACACCCCGGGGAGCCUAAGGGAACACGACAAGUCAAUGUAAUGUGCGAACCAGGAACAGAAAAAGGACAUUAGGUAUGGAGAGCAGGAAAACUACUGCUGUGAAAAAGAUAGUGUUACAGUUCCCAAGAGGAGAGGGCACACCUUGCCACACAGGGACUCACAGG